AUGUGGACUAAAUAUGGAAAAGAAAAGGCUCAAAUUCAUAUAACAAAGACUAGAGAUAGAGAAAUCAUUCAUAUGAUCCGAAUAAAGAAAAAUCUAUAAAAGGAUUAAAUCAGAUAAUUUUGUCAUCUAGGCGAUAAAAAGGUAAUUUUCAAUUUGAAAGACAGGAUUUUCUCGCUUUCUGGUCCAAUUAAUGAAAGUAAGCAAUCGAAUCAAUGCUCUAAGCGAGCACAAGGAAGCAUUUGCAAAAUAUGCGAUAGAAAAUUCAUUCUCUAUAGCAAUUACUCCCAUCAUUCCACUAGAAUUGAACAAUAAGACGAAUUAAUAGACUAUCAUUAUUCUUAAGUGACAGAAUUAAAUGAAGAAUAUGCUUAGAAAUCUGAGAAGCUUUAGGGUCUCAAAGAUAAAUUGACUAAGAAUCAUAACAAUUAUAUCUAAUUUGAAAGAGCGAUCUAGGCAUAAUUGGAUGAAAUAGAGCUUCAAGAAGACAAGUACUAGGAUGAUAUAAGUGACAUGAAGUUAAAACUAAAACUGAAAUCCUAGGAUUUAGAGCUAAAGAAUGAGGAAAUUACGAAUUUAAAGUCAUUAAUGAAGGAAUUAGAAAUAGGAAUCGAAAAAGAGAGACAUAUGUUGGAGCACAAAACUGACUAGAUAGUUAAAGUCAAGGAAAGCAUUUACAAUUAGAGAAUUAAGAAUGCUGUUAGUAGAUCAUAGGCUAUGCCAUUAAAAAAUGAGACAAAGCGAAGUAUGCUAAUAAGCAAUUAUCAGCCCGUGGACGAUGUAAUUGAGGAAUUUGAGGUAGUGGAUAAUGAAUUUGAAAACUAAGAACAUAGUGAUGACAACAUCUAUGAAUAGAAUAACAUCCUAUUUGAUAGAGUAUUUAUGAUAAAAGACACUCAAUAACAGCAAAUCUAAUAUGGAAUGGGAUCUAAUUAACAAAGUGGGCUGCAAAAUUAUACAUAGUAUAAUCCACUUUCGACUUAUGAGGAUAUUAACUAGCAAACAGUGAUGGGCAGCUUAAUUGACAACAAAAUUGAAGGCACAAGUAUAGUAGGUUUUGGUUCGAGACCAAGAGACAAAAGUUCUCUGAAAAAUACUUCAAUGAGCUCUCCAAAGACAAAUCACAGUAAAAGAGGAUAAAUGAAAAAUUUCCAGUAGCCCCAGUAGUCUUGCUGCAAACCAGGUUGCCUCAUCGUGUAAAUAAUUUGA